GUUUUUGUGUUUUUUUACCUUUACGGCCACCGUACAUCCUCCCCAAGCUUGGGUUCUAUUGCAGUCACAUUCUAGUCAUUUAACCUUUGGGAUUUGCGCUCUCCCCUCCUCAAUUGUCGCUGUUAGUACCGCCCUGCUCCGCCCCUUUGCCCUUGAAAUCCGGACAACCCCGCUAGCCCGCGGUUGUCACGUGACGUCUGUGUCUCCUGUGGACUGGCCAGGCAACCGUCCUAGAGGCAGAAGCGGUCGGCUGCACCAUGAACGUAAUCUACCCGCUAGCGGUGCCCAAGGGGCGCCGGCUCGUCUGUGAGGUGUGCGAAGCCCCGGCCGAGCGGAUGUGCACGGCCUGUACAGUCACUUAUUACUGUGGACCUGUGCAUCAGAAGGCGGACUGGGGCAGCAUCCAUGAGAAGAUAUGUCAGCUGCUAAUCCCUCUGCGUACCACCAUGCCCUUCUACAACUCGGAGGAAGAAAGGCAGCACGGCCUGCAGCAGCUGCAGAAGCGACAGAAGCACUUGAUUGAAUUCUGCUACACCGUCGCCCAGAAAUAUCUUUUUGAAGGAAGACAUGAAGACGCUGUCCCUGCGGCUCUACACUCCCUUCGAUUCCGCAUGAAUGUGCACGGCUUGAGCUCAGUAGAGCUUGUGCCUGCUUACCUGCUCCUGGCUGAGGCCAGCCUUGGUCUGGGCCGGAUAGUUCAGGCUGAAGAAUACCUAUCCCAAGCCCGGUGGACAGUCCUCAAGUCAACUGACUGUAGUAACGCCACUCAUUCUUUACUGCAUCGGAACCUGGGCCUUCUCUACAUAGCCAAGGAGAACCAUGAGGAAGCCCGUUACCAUCUGGCUAAUGAUAUUUAUUUUGCCAGUUGUGCAUUUGGAACAGAAGACAUCAGGACCUCUGGAGGCUACUUCCACCUGGCCAAUGUCUUCCAUGGGCUUAACAAAAUGGGACUGGCAGACACACUGUACACAAAGGUCUCAGAGAUCUGGUAUACGUAUUUGAAUGAUCACUAUCAAGCCCUCUUACAGGCUCGUUCCCAACAAACAGACUUACUGGGCAAACAAUUUGUGAAUGACACCGGCCUGGAUGAAGCCCAGGAAGCAGAGGCCAUUCAGAUCCUAACUUCAAUCCUGAGCAUUCGAGAACCUACUUCCAGCAAAGCACCCCAAAAGACGGUCCUCGUUCUGAAGACCCUGAGCAUACUUUACUAUCUGAUGUUGGAGUGUUCAAAGGCAAAGGAGUAUGCCUCGAGAGCCCUCAGUCUAACUGAGGAACAUCUUGAUGUGCAGGAGCAGAGUGUUAUUAAAGAGUUACUGAAUAUCAUCUCAAUUGAGGAAGAGCAGCCCCUCACCUAGAGCACAGUGCUGGUGUGCCACUGGGGCUGGGGCCUGACAGAUGCUCAGAGGCCCUCUGGCCUGCUUCUACUCCUCUCUGGGACUUCCCGAGCCUAUUAGCAUGUGAUGUAAAGAGUUUGGGGCACAGUAGUCAAUAAAGCUGUUGUUUAUCAUGACCGUA